AUGGACCCCUCAAAAGUCAAGAUCCCCUCAAUGAAAGACCAAACAGUCGACAACAUCACCGCCAACACAAUCACAAUCAACAGCCUCUGCCCCGACGAACGCAUGAAAUAUGUCCUCGAACGCCUAGUCACCCACCUCCACGACUUCGCCCGUGAAACUCGCCUCAGUACCGAAGAAUGGAUGACCGGCCUGCGCUUCCUAACCGAAGUAGGCCAAAUCACCACCGACGUCCGACAAGAAUUCAUCCUGCUCUCCGACGUCCUGGGCCUAUCAAUUCUCGUCGACUCAAUCGACCACCCCAAACCUGCCGGCUCCACAGAAGGAACCGUGCUGGGCCCGUUCCACACGCACGACGCAGAGGAAAUGCCCGCUGGCGAGGCCAUGUCGCAUGAUCCCCAAGGCGAGCCGCUGCUGGUCGUGUGUUCCCUGCGCGAUAUGCAGGGGAGGCCUAUAGAGGAUGUCAAGAUUGAUAUUUGGGAGACUGAUUCCACGGGCCAUUACGAUGUGCAGUAUGAGGGGAGGAAGGCGCCGGAGGGGAGAUGUGUGAUGCGCUCGAAUAAGGAGGGUGUCUUUUGGUUUAAGGCGAUUACUCCGGUGCCGUAUCCUAUUCCCCAUGAUGGGCCGGUUGGGAAGUUGUUGGAGAAAUUGGGGCGGCAUCCGUAUAGGCCUUCGCAUAUGCAUUUUAUGUUUGAGAAGGAGGGUUAUGAUCACUUGGUAACUGCUCUCUACCUCCGCAAUGACCCUUAUGAAACAUCUGAUGCCGUCUUUGGUGUUAAAGAUUCCUUGACCGUGGAUAUUGGUAAGGCGGAUGCCGAGACGGCGAAGAAAUACAAUGUCCCCGAGGGCCAUGCUCUCCUCACAUAUGACUUUGUGCUUGUGUCGGACGAGGAGACUAAAAAGCUGCGUGCGCAUAACUCCAUGGUGGCGCUGGACAAGCUGGGCCGGAAGGUCAAGAUUGUCAAUGGGCUGCCUGUGCCGGAUUUGGAUUAA